AUAUGUUAUCUGGACCUGUUGUCGGUAUGGUAUGGCAAGGAAAAGAUGUUGUUAAAACUGGUCGUCGUCUUUUGGGCGAAACAGAUCCUUUGAAAUCUGCACCUGGUACUAUCCGCGGUGAUUUUUGCAUCGAUGUUGGUAAAAAUCUCUGUCACGGUUCCGAUUCCGUUGAUAGCGCCGAAAGGGAGAUAGGUCUUUGGUUCCCUAAUGGUGUUGUUUCAUGGGAACGUAAAAACGUUCAUAAUUUAAUCUACGAAUAA